AAAACGGAUGAGUGGUUUCCUGUUAGCUUUGAAGCUGUAGCUAGUUAGCUGGAGAUGUUGAACAGCCUCAUGUGAAAAGCUUAAUCUUCACUCUGUAAACCGCGAACAUAUUUCUUAAAGGGCCUCCAAAAACAGGCAACAGACCGCAAGAAGGACGAAGUUCGAGCAAAAAGUCCAACAGCUGAGAAGUUUGAAACAGCGGCUAACUGCUGCUAAUGAAGAGAGAUUUGAGUUACUAUGAAAGAAAAUAAUCGAAGAGGACCAAAAAGAAACCAGUGUUUUAAAGAAGAGAAGAAACGACUCAAAGUCCUGGAUGUUGUUUUCAUGCCUGAGGUUCGCUGAAACAGAGCAGACAUGCAGCAGCCAUUAGUGAGUAAAGAAGACAUUCUCCCCAAGCAGCAGGAAGAGAAUCAGAGCCUGGAGCAAAAGGAUUCGGAGCCUCCAAACAGUAAACAGGAACAGGAGGAUCUCUGGGUAAAUCAGGGGGGAAAACAGCUUCACGGUCCGGGGGAGGCUGAUUUCACUAUUGUCUCUGUGAAGAGUGAAGAUGAAGAAAAACCACAGUCAUCAUCACAGCAUCAUUUCAGCCAAAGAGAUGAGAGCACAGAAGUGGAACUUCUUUCCAGCAACUCAACUGAAUACCAAACACCGAAAACAGAAGCUAAAGGAGAAGAGUGUGGAGCAUCACAACCAGCCAGAGACUCUGGUCCAUGCAGUCAUUUACAACCACAUAAUGAUGACAUGCAGCAGUUUUUGCUGAUUAAAAAAGUUCUCCCUGAACAGCAGGAUUGGAAUGUGAGUGUUGAACAGGAGGACAUUAAAAAGAAACCAGAGGAACUCUGGAUAAGUCAGCAGGGACAGCAGCUUCACCACCUGGAGGAGGCUGAUAUCACCGAGUUCCCUUUCACUGCCGUCCUUGUGAAGAGUGAAAAUGAUGAUGAAAAGCCACAGUCAUCACAGGUUCAUCAACGUGAUGAGAACACAGAUGAUCCUGUAGGCGGCAGCAGCUCAACUGUACAUACAGCACUGACAGCACAAACUGAUGGAGAGCCACAACCAUUCUGCAACUCACUUCCGUAUAGUCAUUUACAACGAGAUACCAGUGGUGGGAGUUUUGACAGCUCUGAACCUGAGAUUGACUAUUGUAAAUGGAAGCAGACCAGAGAAAUGAAUUCAGGUUUUAACUGUCAGACAAAUAGCAGGUGCAACGUAACUAAGAAAAAAAUAAAUUUUACUCCGUGUAGUCCAAUGAAGUAUUCAAAACAGCACACAGGAAUGCAAGCAAGUGAAAAACCAUUUGGCUGCCCUGAGUGUGGGAAAAGAUUUGUACACCAAAGUAAACUGAUCAGACACACAAGGGGUCAUGCAGGCGAGAAAUUUGACUGUUCUAAGUGUGGUAAAAUAUUUAUACACAAGAGUAAAUUGAUCAGACACACGCGAGGUCAUACAGGAGAGAAACCAUUUGAUUGUUCUGAGUGCGAUAGGAGAUUUGUACAAAAGAGCAGUCUGAUCACACACAUGAAAAUGCACACAGGAGAGAAACCAUUUGACUGUUCUGAUUGUGGUAAAAGAUUUGUACAGAAAAGUAAACUCAUCACACAUAGGAGAAUCCAUACAGGUGACAAACCUUUUGACUGUGCUGAGUGUGGUAUCAAAUUUGGACUAAAGAGCCAUCUGAUCACACACAUGAGAAUUCACACAGGGGAGAAAGAUUUCUCCUGUGGCAGCACUCAGGUGGAUGAUCCACCAGAUCAGCAUAGUUCUGAUCCUGGACUCCAGCAACAACAGCCUCAAAGGGCCAAAAGAAAUCUACGAAACUACACCACUGAAAAUUGGACCUUGAGGAGAAGAAAAAGAUUUUUUACUGCUUCGCUUACUCAAAGCGUGAGAGCAUGAGGAGCGGAUAAAAGAAGCGGAUUUACCAACUAAGGAAAUGGUUGGAUACAAUGCUACCAAUGGUGAGGGUGCAACUAUAGACCCCGGGUCUGGUGCCCAUUGUACUUUUAAAAAUAAAUCCUUAAAAAAAAUAAAUAAAUAAAAACAUUGAGAAUACAUAGAGAAAGAAGAACAAAUACAGUGACAUAAAAAAUAGCUGGGCUUUGAAGGUGAAAGAAUGGUGGUUGGAGCACAAGAUCAGGGCUCUUCUCACAAAUGAUUUUAAAAAUGGUGGGGAUUUCACUAAAUGAUUAAUGUAGUUUCUGCCAUACAGUUGUUGAAAGUGUAAGCUAUCUUGUUUCAGGCUGUCAGGCACUUUGACAGGCAGAUAAUUUCCAUCCUGACACACUAUCUGUAAAUUUGUAUACACUGGAAAGUGCAAGGAACUGGAGGUGGAUGUAAAGGAAAACAACUAUGUACAUGAACCACCUCCAGUCUUGUCAAACAGAAGAGUAUUUUCUAUGACAGAGAUUCCAACAGGAAAAUGUAUAGAAAGAGAUGCAAUAAAACCUGAUAGUUACUUUGAAGAAGCAAGAAGAAAACAGCCAUAAACUAUAGAUGUAACAAGCCCCAAUCACUAUGAUGUCAACAGAGCUGAAAAGGGAAUAACAUUUUUUGAGAAAAAUACAAUAUGCAAAGACCUCAAAAAUAACCUCUGAACAACAUGGUCA